AUGAUGAGGCUUGGAGAGAACUCCUUCGAUCGCCUUUAUUUCACUGUGGAAAGCAUUGGUAGCCAAGGAUUCACCCUUAGCUAUAAUGGCUAUCGACCUAAAAUCAAGGAUAAAUGUGUUGUGAAUGACUAUUUGAUAGUUCGAUCUUACAGCUUCUCUAAAAGGCUUGAGUUUUUUGUAAACAAUCCCAUCGUCAACAUUAUGAUCAUGCUUAUUGUGAUCAAGGUUAUAGUUGGCAUAUUGGGAAUCGUCACCAGAAGGAAGUAUCAACGUCAUUCUUGUGAGUCUCAACAGCCAAAACACCGACUAAGUGGUGUAGAUAGAGAAAUGGAUAAGAAUGGUUAUUAUCUACCUCAAUAA